CGGACGGCGGCCAGCGGCGACGCCGACCCCGCGCAGCGCACCGUCGACAUGGGAGCCCAGAUGAGAGUUGCAGCCCUGGUUGCCGUUUUCCUCUGUUUUGCUAGCCAAAACUGCGAGGGUUAUUCCUUGCCAGCUCCAGGUGGAAAACCGUCCGCGUCUCUUACGACGCGUUCUCAAUCACGAAGGACCAUCUCUGGGCUCAAGCGAUCGGAGCUGGCCGACUGGGGGCCAUCCUGGGGUGUCGGCGAGGACAUCAACUGGAAGCGCGCGCCCAACGGCCUAGGCCGUUCUGGGUUUCAUGGCGACGUCUUCAGCCACGGUUUCGGCGCCUUCUCGCCCGUGAAGCGCGUGUCCCUUGCUCUGAAGAAGCGCAGGCCUGAGAUGGGUGCGAAUGGAUUUUAUGGCGACACUUUCAACGGCGGGCUGGGCUACUUUGACACGAUGAAGCGACGUCCUGAGAUGGACGCCAGCGGUUUCUAUGGUGACACAUUCAACGGCGGAAUGGGCUACUUUGACACGAUGAAGAGGCGCCCUGAGAUGGACGCCAGCGGCUUUCACGGUGACGUUUUCUCCAAUGGCUUUGGCUACUUCGACACCAUGAAGCGAAAGAUGGCAAGCAAGCGCCGUCCCGAGAUGGACAGCAGCGGAUUCCACGGCGACACCUUCUCCAACGGUUUCGGCUACUUCGACACGAUGAAGCGCCGGGCGGCGCUAGCGGACCGCACUGGUAUUGUCAGCAAAUCGGAGUCCCUCCUGCAGAAGGCCAAGAGCCCUCGCCGUCAUGUUCUCCUGCGCGAUGAAGUACAGGAGGUGGGGGCGACGGGAGGCGGCAUCGGGGGCCGCUUACCCGUGAGCCGACAGCGGCAGGACGACAGCAUGUUCACGGAUGAAAUGGAGGACCAGACGUCUAUGAACGGAGGCGCGCGGAAUUAAACACGGUGGUGAGGCCAACAAGUCAGCGCGCUUGUGGUCUUUGGGCUCCAGCGUUUAGCUUCAGUCUGACAUUGUACUGGAAUCCGAUAGAGAAUGUAACUGGUGUCGUCACAGCUCUCUAUGAACCUGGUAAUGAUAAUACAAACUUGUCCUUGGAUUUGAAUAUCUCGGAAGGUCAUGUUAUUAUCUAGCCCUUUUCACGCUUGCGGCGUUAGACAGGCGUCUAAGUCGGUACCAAAGCUGGAAUGCACAAGACUAGGAUAAACAGGAGUAAAAGUCAUGGAAUGACAUCGGGUCUAUGAAAAUGACGGACAAAUUUUGCUCGGAAAUCGUGUUUGUUUCGCCGCCACAUCACCGCCCUUCAUUUCACGUUUGCCGUGCCUUAUGAUUUGGUCCUAUGGACUGAAGUUGCAAACAUAAAAUGAGGAAUGCCGCAUGAUGAAAUAAAAGCACUUCACCACCACCAUUUAACAGACGUUUCGAUGGACCUGACGGCAAACCAUUGUUUUGCCCCCGUUUAUCCCAGUUUUUGUGUAUUUUAGAUUUGGGACCGGACUAAGACCCGUCUUAUUAUAGUUGCAUGAAAAGGGCUUCUGUAUUCUAUUCUUGAUCAGGCACAUACUCGCCAAAUGGUGCAGAUGAUGUGGCUGUAAAAGUUAGUGCACUACGCGAACACCGUGGUUUAUGAAU